AUGGCCGAGGCUUCAUCUUCAAAUGACCUUAAGCAGAUCCUAGAGCUCAUGCAGAAACGUGAACGGGAGCAUGCUGCAGAGAUGCAUGAGCUUCGUAAUGCCAUUGAGGAUUUGAAUGAGAAUAUGGCACAUGGAGGAGCGAACUCACGUUAUGUUCAUGGACCGUUUCAGGUCAGAAAUGUUAAGCUUGAUUUUCCACGUUUUGAUGGUUCAGAUGUGCUACAAUGGAUUUUUAAAGCGGAGCAAUUCUUCGACUAUUAUGAUACUCCGGAUGAACAUCGGUUGACCAUAGCAUCAAUUCAUUUCGAGAAAGAAGUGGUGUCGUGGUAUCAAAUGAUGCAAAGAAAUAAUCCCAUUGUUUCAUGGAACACCUUGGUCCGUUCAUUAGAGUUGGAAUUUGGCCCUUCACCCUUUGAAUCACCUAGAUCUACCUUGUUUAAACUCACCCAAUCCACAUCUGUUAAUGAAUAUUAUGUGCAGUUUACAACUCUUGCUAAUAGGAUUUAUGGUGUUAGCAAUGAAGCCCUUCUAGAUUGCUUCAUCAGUGGGUUGAAAACCGACAUUCGUAGAGAGGUGAUAGCUCAAGCACCAAACACAAUCCUUAAAGCCAUUUCCCUAGCCCGACUGUUUGAAGAGAAAUACACCUUCAAACCACGACCAUACAACCCAAACACUUCCAGAAAUGCCACCCAAAACACAUCACCUACUACUACCCAAUCUUAUAACAAUCCACCACAACAACCCAUUCUUCCUACCCCGAACCAAAGGCCUUUUCCCCAAAACUUCCGUCCCAAUAAUAUUAAACGCCUGUCACCAGCAGAAAUGCAAUCACGUAGGGAAAAAGGACUGUGUUAUACAUGCGAUGAGAGGUUCACGGCAAACCAUAAGUGUCCAAAUCGCCAAUAUACAUUUUUACAAGUUGAAUAUGAUGAUGAGGAGCAGACUGAUACGGAAAUUCUUGCAUUAGAACAGAACUUGGAACACCAUCUCUCUCUUAAUGCUUUAAAGGGUGUUACCGGUGUGGGAACUAUGCGCUUUCACGGGUCAUUACAAGGCCUGACUAUUCAGAUAUUGUUGGAUAGUGGGAGUUCUGAUAAUUUCUUGCAACCACGAAUUGCUCAUUGCCUCAAGCUGUCGGUGGAGGAUAUGUCAUCGUUGCAGGUCCUGGUAGGCAAUGGAAAUGCCAUGUCUACCGAAGGGGUUAUUAAAGAAGUCCAGGUUAAGGUGCAAGGCCAUACACUUAAACUUCCAGUGUACCUAUUACCAGUUUCUGGUGCUGAUAUGAUAUUAGGUGCUGCUUGGUUGGCUACUAUCGGACCACACAUUGCAGACUAUCGUUCACUCUCCUUAAAGUUUUAUUCGGACAAACAACUCAUUACAUUGCAAGGUGAGCCACCAACUCUGCCAAAACCAGCAGAGUUGCAUCAGAUGACUAGAUUAUGCAAAACUGAUGCCAUUGCAGAACUGUUUACAUUACAAUUAACUCAACCUCUAACUCUAGAGGAUGAUGUCUUGGUUAUCCUAGAGUAUAUUGACCCUGACAUUGCACUUCUACUUCACACAUACAACAUGAUAUUUGCAAAACCGAAGGGCCUUCCCCCAAAUAGAUCUCAAAACCACUACAUUCCUCUCUUGCCGGAUGUGAAUGCUGUGAGAGUGAGGCCAUACAAAUAUCCUCACAGUCAGAAACAACAAAUUGAGAAUAUGGUGCAACAAAUGUUGGACGAAGGCAUUAUUACCCANGGAUUGAACCCACAUCCAGUUAGUUCUAGUCAACACUUCUACUAUCAAACCAACUCAUCACAUAGAUAA